UAGGUUGUAAUCUCCUGUCCUCAUGUGCAGAAACACUAUUUCCAUCCCGAUCAUUCCUGCAGUGCAGGUAGUUUCACUUCUGAUGCUACUUUGUCUUUCAAUUACAUUAAGAUUAAACAUGAAAUACAAGUAACCACAAGAGACAUUUAGAUUAGAUUUAAGCACACGUGUAGAUUUGCACACUUAAGACUCACAUUUUAUCAAUUUAUGAGACUUUGCUGUCCGAACGUACGUUAAACUUUCAAGUGCACAGGCUAAAAAACUGUGGGCUACUGCAAUGGCUGCUAGRUUAAUCUUAAAAAAUAAAAGAACUUUACUUGGGGGUGUCUGCAGGGUUGUAAAAGAUAUUUAAAAGUAUUAAAUUAAACUUCAAUUAUAUACCCUGAGUAUUUGUAUUUCAUGUAUUAUACUGCGUUGUUGCAACUGGCCUGCAGCCCUCGGAUAGACUUUCAUUUUGGCCUCUUUCAGGGAAUAAGUUUUUAUUUUAAAGUAUUUAUAACACAUWCUUUGUACCACUAAAGUCAGCAUGAAGAAAAUCCCCACGUGGUUCAUGUUUUAAUAUUGAAAUAAUCAAAUAAUCAAAACUGUUUCCAGUUCARUAAAACUUCUGCAUUUUAAUCCGGGUUGUGUGAGUUGCUCAUGAACAAUGACUAGGAGAACCGGCAGCAGUGCACAUGGCCUUUUUGKAAGGAUUACCCCAGAUUAGGAGUGCGAGCAGUCGGCUGAUUGGUCCUUCUCAAACCGUGCCACUUGGACAGCUCAACAGGUUGCGUGCUUGGACUUACACCUGUCCGAUGAAGAGUCUCAGGAACAAGACUUUCUGCAGCUGAGAAACCCGAGUGCAGUCUGUGAGGAUGUAAAGGCAGAGGACCUUGUAGAUUAGGGCACUGAGUGCACAAAGUCAUGACUGUACUUUACCAAGGACCGCGGCUCUUGGAUUUUGCGAGGACCCCUCCUCACCUGCAGUUCAACAAGUAUGUCCUGACGGGUUACCGGCCCGUGUCCACGGCUCAGGAGUGCCUCGGGAGCCURUUCUACAUGCACAACGAGCUGGGCAACAUUUACACUCAUGGUAAGUCCAGAUUUAACACACCGUUCUUCAGCUCCUUCAGAUUAUAUUUUAAAAUGACAGCUAAAACAGAUCUUUAAGGUUAAUGAAGAGCUGUUCUCUUUGAAGAUAAGGUACAAAGAAAGCCGGUCACCACGUGUCCACUACUUUCACUUCUGACCAAUUAGAAGCAUCCCUGACGAGGCGCGUAAUGAGGAUACAGGGUAUUAGCUGUAAUCUGUCCCGGGAAUCCCAAUUGGAAAUAUCCAACAGUUAACUGGGUCUUUAAAGGUGACGGAUGCUGUUAAUUUGAGUUUGUGGUGAGACUUGGGCAGAACACUUAUUUUUAAAAGUUAUAAUCUGACUUCUGUUGAGCAGAACCAAUAAAAGACUUUAAAAGGCAUGACCUAAAGGUUGUAAAGUCUCACACUUGUGAAGGCACGUUUUGUACUCAGUCAUCACAUAAUUUAACCAACGCUCUUACUGAGGGGAAGUGAAGAGGAUAAGCAUUACAGCACUGCUCAGGUUCCUCUGUGCAUCAAACUGCUGUUCAUUGUUCCAYGUGUAAAAACGAAACCAAGAGGAACAACUUUCAGCAUUUCAUUCAUGACUUGAUCUGUGUCGGGAUGUUUUAGUGCAGCUCUCUAGAUGAAACAWCGGACUGACAAUAGAUUCUAAAACCAGUAAACCUCAGUUUAUAUGAAAACAUUUAAGUCACUUCAUGCAGCUGUCUACAAAAAAUUAAAUUGUAAACCAGCAGGAUGCAAAACGUUUCAAGAGGUUACCAACAGCAAGACAAAAAUUAACCUCGUUUUCAGGUAAUGCAAAGGCUUUAAACCAAAUCUGUGAACAUUCAGUUUAUACGGUUUCAUUAUUUUUCCAUGCAUUCUUGUUUAUACCUAUUUUAUAAAGGAUUUUUUAGCAUUAGGUUUUGUUUUUCUUUAGAAGGAUUAGGGUUUAAAUUGUAUCAAAUGUAGUGUAUACAAAAGACAGGACUUUGUGUUAAUGUGUAAUUGAUAUAAAGUUGUAUUUAUGUAAUUUUUUUAAAGCACAUUUUGUAUUUCUAAGCCAAUUUUAUAUAAGAACGAGCAAUAACGUCUCGGAUCAAAUAAAUUGCAGACUCCUGCUAUAUAGUGUUCUACUGUACUUCUAAGAUGAACUGAAUCUCACUAAUUUGUUUCAUGUUUCCCAUCAUCCCAGGCAUCCCAUUCUUCCUGUUCUUGGUGCUGCUGCCUUACAGUAUCCCCUGGAUGGAGGUGGACAGCACUUGGAUCUGUGUAGUCCACUACCUGGCCUGCCUCAGUCCCACCAUCGGCUCGGUUCUCUACCACCUGUUUAUGAACCACCGAGGAGGACGGCAUGUGUACGACACCCUGCUCUCCCUGGACAUGUUUGGGGUCUGCCUAGUUAACACACUGGGGGCACUUCCCAUCAUUUACGUCACCCUCCUCUGCUACCCCACGGUGCAGCGGACCGCCCUGCUGGUCUACAUCGUCCUCUCGGCCUACGGGAUCUACUGCGCCACCACGGCCCACACAAACGUCCUGAGACUGAGAGCGUUCGUUUGGCAGGCUUUAUUCCGCUUCCUCCUCUUCGUGUUCAGGGUUUAUGGCAGCGGAGCGGGCAGUCCCAACUCCAUGCGUCUCUUCGUCAUCAUGGAUAGUCUGGCRGUACUGGGAGGACUGGUGAACAUCAUCCAGAUCCCCGAGCGCUUCAGCCCGGGCCUGUUUGACAACUGGGGCAACAGCCACCAGAUAAUGCACGUCAUGGUCGUCUGCUCCAUUAUCUACCUGCACUGGGGCACYAUGGAGGAUUUAGCUUGGAUUAAGAGCUACCAGUGUCCUACUGUGUGAAGUGCAGCCAGUUCACAUGCAGGCCACCACUGACACCUUUAAAAAAAAUGCACCUUAGUCUUAGCUGAUUAGAUGUUUUUGAUACUUUGCCAGAGAAGAAGAGGAACCAACAUGCUGCUUUAUUAAACUAAAAAUCCUGAGCAUACUUGAUUAAAAGUUUGAGAUGCAGUAGUUUUAGGGUUACGUGACCUGUUACUACAAAGUCUUCAAACUUAAUGAAAGAACUGGAUCUAAUAAAGUAUAUUUUUAUAUCUUG